AAGCUUGAUUAGGUCCCAUUUGUUAAUUUUUGUUUUUAUUUCUAUUGCCUUGGGGGACUGAAAACAUUGGUACAAUUUGUGUCUGGAAUGUUUUGAUUAGGGCUUUUAACUUUGGAUGAUAGAAUUAUAGGUGAUUUUUAUUCUCUUUUUAUCUUUCCUGUAUUUUCUAAAGUGAAUACAAAAAGCAUUGUUAUCAUAGUCAGAAAAUCAUAUCAGAAUAUAAUUGUUAUAAUAUCAGAAAAUAACUGCAGAGGGAAUAAAAAGGAGAUUCUGCUUUCAUUUGAUUCUUUGGUUGAUUUUAUUCUGUAAAAUGAUACUUUAGCAAUGGUUAGAACUGGUUAAAAGAUCUAAGGACACUGGGCUUAAUGGUACUAAGCAGAGCUGACCCAGUUCAGAUCCUUUCCAGAUUCAUAUACUGGAAUAAAAAUAGGACUUUAUAUAGAGCUUUUAAUUUAAGUUCAUGUACAUUUAGCAUAAGUAGUACAUGCAAAUGGUAAAGAUUCACACUGUGUAAAGGAUAUAGAAUGUAAAGCAAGUCUCUUCCUGUCUGCCCCGGGGCCUCUGCCACCCCCAGACCUCUAGUUCCUCUCAUCUCAGACAACCAACGUAUUCUCUUCAAAGAUCCGUGAAUACAAAAACUAGGCACUUUAUGAGUUUGGUAUGUCACUUUCCAGAAUUUCUGUAUCUUUUUUUUUUCUGCUUUUAUAAGUAUGUCUAUAAUCAUUGAAAAUCUAACUGUAUUUUUUGAGUGUUUCUGAAAAGUAGCUCUGUGAUUCUUGGUUAUGUCGCAACUUACUAUCUUCACUGACAUAACACAUCUUGAAUGUCUAUGCAUUUUACUUUCAGAAGGUGGAGGACAUCUUCUCAAGUGCUGCACAGCUUUCUGUGUAUGACUAUAUGUAGUUGAUUUAGCCACUCUUUUAUUGGAGGACUUUGAGGAUGUUUCUAGUUGUUCAAGCUUACAUAUCAUGCUGCUGUGAUAUGUACAAACCCUGUAGAGCACAUGUAUGUUCCUACAGAGUGUGAUUUAAGGAAUGAAUUCACUAGUCUGUUCCCUGAAAUGUCCAGUAGUUUUGUUUGUUGAACUUUGAACAUAUGCUUUUUAGGUGCUGGCCAAAUAUUUAAGAUAUCAAAAUAUUUUUAUGAUAAUUGAUUGCUUUUGCAGUGAAUGAUCUAGGCUCUGCAGUCUUUGUGAAUCCAAUACCAAACAAAAUGCAUCUUCCCAAGACACUGUACUUACAGUUCUGUAAUCAAGAAUUUGUCUAAACAGUAAUGCCAGCUCUAGACCAAAAGGGUGAAAAAAAGUUUUGCCAUGAUUCCAAUUCUAAAAAAGGAAAUAAUCAGCGAUAUGCCCAGGAUAUAUGAAAAAGUCCCUCAAUGCAAUAUUAUUUUAACAGUAAAGAAACAGAAAACUGCUUAAAAUCAAUUUUAUUUUCACAUGCUGGAAUUCAAGAAAUAUUAAAAAUAUGCCAAAGAAGAAUGUUUAUGGUAAGGGUAAAUGUUCAUUCUAAUUAUUAAGUGGGUAAAAAAAAAAAACAACCCAGGUGUACAGUUUUGUUUUUUCUAUAAAUGUAUCUUUAUGUGUAUGAUGUAUGAUAAUGACAAUUGUGACCAUGUUAUAAUUUAUUGUAUUUUCAAUUUUUACCCUUCCCCCUCAAAAAACCCCACUGUUCUAUAAUCAGCAUUGGGAGGUUGGAGGUGUUUUUAAAAAGAAAAGCUAAAAAGCCUCAAAAUCUUUUGGGCUACUUUAAAAGAAGUUAUUUUUUUGUGGGCCACUUUUUAAAAAUACUAAAAUUGACCUUAAUGUUUCUAUUUUAACAUCUGAUGUACCAAAUACACAGGUCCUGGUUCACUCUAUCACCCCUCAAAUGAUAGUCAGGAUUCGUGGUUUCAUCCAAGAAUGUCAGUGAAUGCUUAAAAAUUCAGGAGCCUUGUUUCAGGGAGGAAAGAGAUCCAAACAGGUUAAGAUUAUCUGAUGUCAAGCAAAAUGCCCAGGGGCACAGAAUCUGCGGGAACAAGCAAGUGCUGGAGCUGAGGUUAAAGGUUUUCUAGUUCAAGGUUCUCAGACAGUAGCCCUGAGGUCAGGGAGCGCUUGAGUAGGCCUUCGAGGAAAAGUUCUUCAACUAUGAAGAGGUUGAAAACCGCUGCUUCCAACUGAAGUCUCCAGGGAGGAAGCAGGAAGAUUCCAAGGGUAAGAGAAGUGUUCAGAUUCCAUGCAGCCAGCGGCGUCCAGCCCCACAGCCGAGGUGCUUCCUUCCUUUCAGGUAACAACUACAUUCUCCUAACACUUGAAAAGCAUGGAUCUCACCCGAUGUCUCUAUAAAAUUGGGGAAGAGCUGGGCAGCGACGACCUGGCUGCCCUCAAGUUCCUAAGCCGGGACCACAUCCCAUAUAGGAAGCAGGAACCCAUCAACGAUGCCUGGAUGCUAUUCCAGAGGCUCCAAGAAAGGAGAAUGUUGGAGGAAAGCAAUCUGUCCUUCUUGAAGGAGCUGCUUUUCCGAGUGAAUAGACUGGAUCUGUUGCGUUACUACUUGGACACCAGCGGGGAGGAGAUGAAGAGGGAGCUUCACAUACCCGGCAGGGCCCAGAUCUCUGCCUACAGGAUCCUGCUUUUCCAGAUUUCAGAAGAUGUGAACAAAGUGGAAUUGAAGGAGUUUAAGUUUUUUUUGAGCCAGGAGAUUGCCAAAUGUAAGCUGGAUGAUGACAUGACUUUGUUUGAUAUUUUCGUGGAGAUGGAGAAGAGGACCAUCCUAGGGGAAGAAAACUUGGACACCCUGAAAAGAAUCUGUGAGCAGGUCAACAAGAGCCUGCUGAAGAAAAUCAUUGAUUAUGAAGAAUUAAGAAAAGAGAGAAGAAUGAGCCUUGAAAGAGAUCCAGAUGAAUUUUCAAAUGAUAUGUCACAGCCGCUUCCAGAGGAGGGCUCCUCUGAGAUGCUGGCCAUGUCAGACUCUCCAGGAGAACAGGACAGUGAGUUGCAGACAUCCGACACAGUUUACCGAAUGACAAGCAAACCUCGGGGAUACUGUUUGAUCUUUAACAAUUAUGAUUUUAGCAUAGCGCGGAGGAAGGUGCCCGAACUUCAGAAACUAAAGGAUAGGAGUGGAACACACAUGGAUGCAGAGGCUUUGGACAAGACCUUUAGGGAACUUCAUUUUGAGAUAGUGCACUACAAAGACCAAACAGCAAAGGAAAUCUAUAAGGCUCUGGAAUUCUACCAGAAGAAGGACCACGAAAACAGAGACUGCUUCAUCUGCUGCAUCCUCUCCCAUGGAAACCAGGGCAUCAUCUAUGGCACCGAUGGGCAAGAAGCCUCCAUCUAUGAGCUGACCUCUUUCUUCACUGGCUUAAAAUGCCCUUCCCUUGCUGGCAAACCCAAAAUCUUUUUUAUUCAGGCUUGCCAAGGGGAUGACUACCAGAGAGGUAUAGCUGUUGAGACCGACUCAGAAGUCUGUUUAGAAAUGGAUUCAGCACCUCGGAGGAGAUAUAUCCCAGAUGAGGCUGACUUUCUGCUGGGGAUGGCCACUGUGAACAACUGUGUCUCCUACCGAAGCAUCAGGGAAGGGACCUGGUAUAUCCAAUCGCUUUGCCAGAACCUGAGAAAAAGAUGUCCUAGGGGUGAAGACAUUCUCACCAUCCUAACCAAGGUGAACUUCGAAGUAAGCAAUAAGGAUGACAAGAGAAUUAUGGGCAAACAGAUGCCACAACCUACUUUCACACUGCGAAAAAAACUCUUCUUUCCUCUUAAUUGAUUCUGUUGUCUAGUUGUAUAACUAGACAAUAGUUAUGCAACUGAAAAAUGGUGAAAACGCUGCUACUUUAUUCUAUUUCUUCUUCUUUUUAUUUUCAAAUAGCUGGGAGAGCAUGGGAGUCAGGACAAUAUAAUUUUUAUGCUAAUUCAAGCUUAAAUUUCUGGCUUGUAGACAGUAACUAGACAGUCAUAGCUGUGGGCUUGACUUCCAUUGUGUUUUUAAUUUGAUGAAAAGGUUUAAAAAUGAACUAAAAUAGAUACAAAAAACACAGUAAGUUUAAAAGAAAUGUCAAAGAUCAUGGAGGGAGACUUUUGUGAUCUGAGCUAGCUAAAAAUCCCCCUUGACUAUUGAGGUUCAGGGUAUAAAGUUCCCACAUCCAGCCUGAUUACUGCUGGUGAGUUUGAUAAGCUAUCCUGGAAACAUGUGACCCUCCUCUCCUUAGCAGACCCUACUUUUCAGCGGUGAAAACCACCACUCUAGACUUCGGUUUCCAAAGCUUAGAGAUUAUUUUCUUUUUAAAAAAAAAAUUAUUCAUAAAUGCAGGAUCCAACCUACUUUUAAGAGAAACAAUAUUAACUUGUUUUGUACUUCCAGUAGGUCUUUUCCCAAGCUAUCCUUUAUACUAAUUUGCAAGAUUCUUUUAAAUAAAAAAUUUAAAAAUUCAUAUAUUAAAGAUUUUUAAAAUACCAAAUAAUUUUGUUUUUUUUAGAAUCUUUCCAAACUCCCUUUUCAGCUUUUAUAUACAUGCUUCUGUAGUGCUGAACAUGAUUUGCUUUUAUGCUAACAAUGCAGUAUGCCUUUUACACAUUUGCUCUUUCUUUAUAUGUUCAACUCAGUUUAAAUCUUUAGUAAUUAAUAAUUAGUAAUGUAAUAAAUAUUUUUAGCAGAAUAAAAUGUAAUUUUAUCAUACUA